UUUGUUGUGUAAAACAAACAUAAACACCAUCGAAGGGGAAGGGGGGUGGUGUUUUAUGUUCGUGAGUGGAGCUUCUUGGCCAACCCCGACCCCAUCAUCAUCAUCAUUACCCACUUUCAUCUCCCUAAAUUAUUCUCUCUUAUCUCUCUCUCUCUUUUUUUUUAAUAUUCUUUCUUUCUUAAUUCCAUAUCAAAAAUCUUUGUUCUGCUUUUUGCUUUUUGUAUAAUUCCUUACAUUUCACUCAAUAAACAACAACAAAUCUCCCGAUCCAUCCGCAAAUUUAGAAAAUUUCUGAGAUUUGAUCAAUUGGGUCACCUAAAAAUCUUGUCUUUUUGAUCUGGGUUUAACGCCAAGACUCAUCAUUUUCAUUUCAUAUGGGAAACAACAGCAGCAGCGGAGGACGCCGUCGGCGGCGAAACCAUUCCGCAGCUCCCCCUCCUCCUCCUCCUCCUCCUCCUCCUCCUUCUUCUCUUCCUCCACCACCUCCAGCUACAGAAAUCCAAGCGAUAUUCGCCGCCGCUACACCUUAUCCAAACCCUAAUUCUAAUCCGGUUUACCAGUACCCUGCUCCUUACUACCAUCAUCCGUCGGGGCCGCCUCUUCCUCCGCCUUACGAUCAGCACCACCUUCAUCAUCAUACACCGCAUCCUUACCACCAGCACUCUUCUUGGGCUCCAAUGGGGAGAUACCCUUAUGCCGCUGCUGGUGCUCACAUGAUGAUGGCUCAGCCUACUCCUUACGUUGAACACCAGAAGGCCAUCACGAUCCGUAACGACGUUAAUAUUAAGAAGGAGAGUCUUAGGCUUGAACCUGAUUCUGAUCAUCCCGGUCGGUUUCUCGUCUCCUUCACGUUUGAUGCUACCGUCUCCGGAAGGAUUAGUGUCAUUUUCUUUGCUAAAGAGUCCGUAGGUUGCAAUCUCACAGCGUCAAAGGAAGAUAUUUUGCCACCAGUCACCCUAGAUUUCGAGAAAGGACUUGGUCAGAAGUUUAAACAACCAUCUGGUUCGGGUAUAGACUUUUCAGCCUUUGAGGAUGAUGAGCUUUUCAACAAGGCAGCAGACUCAGUUAUCUAUCCAUUGGCGGUUAAGGCAGAAGCAGCUGCCUCUGGUGAGAAUGAAGAAGAGAGGUUGAAAUCGAAGAAGAAUGCGCAGAUUACUCAAGCGGUUUUUGUGAAAGAUAAAGGAGAGAUUAAGCUUAGAGUUGUGAAGCAGAUACUAUGGGUUGAUGAAAUUAGAUAUGAGUUGCAGGAGAUUUAUGGGAUUGGGAAUACGGUUGAGGGUGAUGGUGAUUCAGCUGAUGAUGCUAAUGAUGACCCGGGCAAAGAAUGUGUUAUAUGUUUGUCUGAACCACGAGACACUACUGUUUUACCAUGCCGACAUAUGUGUAUGUGUAGCGGAUGUGCUAAGGUAUUGAGGUUUCAGACAAAUCGAUGCCCUAUUUGCAGGCAACCUGUUGAAAGGCUUUUGGAGAUAAAAGUUCACGGUAACAGUGGAAGCGGGAACAAUACCGGACAGGGAGAAGCAACUGAACAAGAAUAGCCAAACACGGGAGGGUAUGGAUUGAACGGAGCAACUGCCAUCGAUAUAUUAGUAUAUGAAUGUUUGAUCCUUGUGUGUUUAACAACAAAAUGUGUGAUUUUUCAAUUCAUAAUAUAGAAAAUUUUCGAAAUCAUUUGGAUCAUA